GACGGUUAACGUUGCCGCCAUCUUGACUUAACACACACGCAUACACGGACGCACGCACGCACACACGGACGCACCCACCGACUCGCAGAGGAAACGGGAACGCGACACACGACGCGACAACGCGCUUCACACAACGCCAAGAGAUUAUUUUCUUUCUUUCUUUUUGCCUCUUUCUCUUUCUUUCUCUCCCUCUCUCUCUCUCUUUCUCUCUUUCUCUCUUUCUCACACACACUCACUCCCUCUCUCACAAUAUAAUGAACGCACAUCUACGAGCGUACAUAUUUCAAUCUCUACGCCGAUCGUGCUUGCCGAUUCUCGCCUUGUUCCAUCGUCGUAAAUCGACAAAGUCACCCGUAUAAUUUUGCCGUGUGUCUCUAUUUUUUCCCGUCCAUGUUAAUACGGCAAUAAUGAUAAACUCGCUCAACCGCUCGGUCUUCCUUCUCUUCUCAGGGUCAGCGCCAUUUUGAACAUGCUUCGAGUUAAUGCAUGUACUGCAUCAAUUUAAAAAAUUACACAGGACUAGGUUAAAUACAUUUAAAGGGGAUGAAUAUGCAUUGGGAGUUGUGAGGGCUAAAAUAAAUGAAGAGUACCGAAAAAAUAAAGAUAUUAUGAAUCAUGCUGCUAUAGAAGAGUUAAAUAAAAUUGCGCAAGAAGUUGAGCAUGAAAUACGAAUGACCAUAAUUCAAGCAGUCGAAAAGAAACCUGGAAUAUUUGCUCUUCGAAUCACACCAGACAUGUUAACGGACAAUGCAACGUGUACAAGUUCAUUUAGUUCAGAUAAUAGUCAAAGUAACCUAGCUAACAAAAAACCUAUAUGCGGAGAAAAUAUCAAGAAAUCGUAAUUUUUGAUAGAUAAGUUCAUUAAAAAGAUAAUUUGCUAGAUUAUGUAUAUAAUGAUUAUAUUAAAGUUAUACAUUUGUAUAUAGUAAAACUCUUUUAAGUGUCAUUGUAGUAGAAAUAUUCAUUAUUUAUUGUUAUUUUAUUUAUUACGUGUGAAUGAUUAAAUUUAAAAUAUUUAAAAUCAAAAUUUAUGUAGAGUAUACAUAUAUAUUGCAUUGUUAGUUACAAGGGUAUGUAAAAAUUACCUAUAAAUAGAGAAACAAUUAAUUUUAUAUUUUCAUUCAAAAUCAUUAUAGUCAACAGUAAUGAGUAAAUUUUUAUUCAUAAUA